CUUAUAACUAGCGACCUCUGAGUGAUUUCAGUGAACUACCAAAUGAUAUGCUUGUCAUUAGCAAAUGUCAUACAAAUACAGCCAAAUACCAUAGAAAGGUAUCAUACCGAUUUGUCCAUCAAACGAAGUCGACUCAAUCAUAAAUCAAGCCGAAAAAUAGUGAAACUAAUAGGUUCAAAGAGUGAAAAAGUGAAAAAAAAAUUAAAUAUAAUUCGAGGUGCAACAAAUAUGUGUGCACUGUUUUUGUGGUGCAACUAAAGGAAAAUGUCUAAGGCUGUGAAACGAAAAGUUAGCGUAGAACCCUCAUCAAAAAGUCGUCUGAGUGUAUUUCAGCGUUUGGGCACAAAGAAAUCCAAAUCAAUUUCACAGGAAAGCAAAUCGUUAUCCGACGAUUUCAAGCAAACGUUAUCGGCAGCCGUCAAUAUAACAACAAAACCGAUCCUGUCGAAACCGGAUGCCGUUGAAUUGGAAGAUGCUGAUCCGGACAUUUUAGAGAAGAAGCGCGAAGAAAUCAGAAAAGAGCUUGAAUUACAAAUGAAAAUGGAUUCGCGCCGUAUCGCUUCUCGCAAACGUAAACAUGCCGAAUCGAGUUCCAGUUCAUCAUCUUCCAGCGACAGUGAUUCAAGUUCAACAUCAUCAUCAUCCAGUUCAUCCGAUAAUCGACAUAAAUCACGUAAAUUAAAAUCAACACGUCGCGAUUCAAGCUCUUCGUCGGAUGAAUAUGCAAAGAAAUUGGCGAAAAAGAAACGUGCAUGCCAAAGUAAAAAAGAAGCACUGAAAUUGCAUAAAUUGUCAAAGAAACAUGAAAUUACCGUAUCGCGUAAGAGUAAAAAACGUUCACCAUCUCCGUUGGCCAAAAAGCAUCGCAGUGCCGGCGAUAGUUCAUCAAUUAUGCUCAGUCCAAGUGGUCAAAAAGUUAUGGUAAAAAAUCUGAAAAUAUCCACAUCACUGGAUAAGCACCAUCGAGUCCGUGAGAAAGAGAUUGACCGUAGUGAAUUGUUGCAGCGCAGUGAACGUGAACGAUUGCGAAUGCGAAGUCGUAGUCCAAAAAUGACCAGAUCACGUACACCAAAAAAUUCACCAUCGUUAUUACGUCGAUCGCCAACCGAAGUCAAGCGCAAUCGUUCAUUGAGUCGUCGUAUGGAUAGUGGUGAACAUGAGCGCCGCGAAAAAGAACGUGAAUUGGCAAGAGAAAAAGAGCGCCGUGAAGCUUUGCUACGGUCACAAGAAAGACAACGAGAACGCGAACGGCUAGCUGCCAAGGAUUCAAAGAGUCAACGACUCUUACCACGACCUGCGGAACGGGCUUCAAUGCAGGCAAUGGCAUUGGCGGCCGCACAAGAACGCAAUACGGAUAAAGAUGUUGGCUAUAAUAAUCGUAGUUUUGGCAGCGAUAGACCAGAGUCAUUCGAACAUCGGCGACAUGAAAAAGAGCCUCGCGAACAUGAUCGAUAUGAAAAGUAUGAGAGUCAUGGACGUCGCGAACCAAGUGAAUAUCAACAUGGCCCGAAUUAUCGAAGAGACUGGCAUGAUGAGAGCUCAUCAAAAGAUUUAUACGAUCGUUCAACGGAACAUCAAAGUUCAUCACGCGAUUGGGAUCAUAAGCGAAAUGAAAAUAUUCGAGCCGGUGAUUAUGCGGAGCGCAAAGAUUGGAAUGACAGCUCAACAAAAUGGACAGAACGAGGAAAACCCACCGAAAAAUAUGAACGACGAAGCGGUCAAAAUGAAUAUAUACCGCAUAGUAGUAGUCGUAGCUAUCCUGAACGAGCCGAACUAUUUGAUACGGGCUCAACGAGUUCGGUAUCGAAAGCAAUGGGUGUUAGCAGUGGUGGUAUCAGAGGUAGAUGGAGCACUUCGUGGCGUGGACGAGGACGGGGUACCCAUCAUCAUAAUAGCGAUUUCCGUCGGCCACAUCAUCAUACUGAAAUAUUGGAGGAACGCGGCGAAAUCUAUCGACGACACAUCAAUCCACAGGGAGUUAAUUUGAAUAAAUCGGCAACCACAACCAAAUCUGAUACGCCGGCAACGGUAUCAACGCCAACCGAAAAACAAAGCGAUGAUAUAAGCAAACAAUCAUCAUUGAUGGCCGACGGCGAAGAUGGCGAAGAAAUAGCUGACGAUUUGAGUGAGAUAAGUGAUGAAGCUGAUGACAUUUUGGGUCAGCAAGAGGAUACGAAUACAAAGUCACAACAAGCAAUUGAAACAGUGGUUGGUGAGAAGCUGGUUGCUGAUGUUGAAAUGAAAGAGACUGCUGUGUCCGCAUUGAAAGAUUCGGUUCAUGCUGAAAAUGACAAAUCAAUCGAUCCAAACGAUAGUGUACAUAUGCGUGAAAACAUAACACCGACUAAAUCGCCCGAGGAACCAGAUCGUACAAAGGAAUUGUGCGAUGACAUUGAUUUGGAUUUUGAAGAGAUUUCCGAUGGUGAAUUGGAAGAAGAGGCACGUACAAAAGGUCUUGGCGAUGCAUUGGGUGUUGACUGGGCCAGUUUAGUUGAAGAAUCAAAAGCAAUGAUGCGCGAAAAAUUGACAAAAAUCGAAACAUCGGCCAAGCAACGUUGGAAUCCCGAUCAAAUCUUAUUGGACGUUGGAGUAUCGUUUAAAAUGGCUGGAACAGCUUUUGCACAACAAACACUAAUGACCGCUUACGAGAAUAUUCGGCGUGAAUUGAAAUGUUCUAAAAUAAAAAUCGAGCCAAACGAUGACUCCAAUUAUACAGACACACAGGUGAAGAUUGAACCAGAAAAUGACAUAAAAGUACCAAAUGUCAAUGGAAUUGCAAAGGAGGAUCGUAAAUUGAUUCUACAUCCGUUACCAUGUGUUCAGACAUCAAUACAAAACACAGUGGAUAAACAACGCCAAUUAGUGUUCAGCGCAUCGGGACCAUACAGCCGUGGAUUGUGUUGUAAACGCGAUAUUGAAUUGCGCAGGAAAUUGUGCAACUUAUCGGUUUGCGAAAGCAAUUGUAAAGCCAUUACAACAAAAACUGGCUAUGAGAAUAACGCAAUUUCUCUAUUUCAAAAAGUUUUACAAGCAUAAAAAGAUUAGAGUGUAUAAUUUAAGAUUAUACAAUUUAUGAUUUUAUUUUUCUUAUUUUCAAUUUUAUUUACUCACGCAUAAGAAUUUUUCUUAGUUUUUAAGCGCCAUAAACCACAAACAUUGUACUCAUUUAAAUUAAUCGCAGAACAAAUUAGUUUCUUAUCAUGUGAACAUUAUAUCAUAUAUCAGAUAAUAAUUUGUUAUGUAGAAUUGAAAGAAAAUUAUUACUCACUUCGAGUGACACCAAUAAAAUCAAACUGAAUAU